UGUACUAACCAAAGCCUGCGGUCAACUGUCAAAAUGGCAAAGCUGUGGCACGUCCUGCUCCUGUGUUGGGCAUGGAGUCCCUUGUGCCUUCCAUCCAGUGUGAGCUUCAUUGGUACACCACAGGAGUGUGAAAAGGCUCACUUUGUCCCUGGUUACAACUUGGGUGGUGAAGGCUUUGACAUUGUGACGAUGGAGAGAAAAGGUGCCUAUGUGAUCGACACUGAAACAUGGAAGAUUGGAAAUGGUAGCUGUAGGAUGUACUGUAACCGUUACAUGAAUGGCGAGAAACAGAAGGUCCCUGUUGCUGUGGUGGACUGGAGAACCCUGCCCAAGUGCAGUUUGAAGGUCUCCAGUGUGGUCUAUGAUUCUGUUGAAACUCUUGUCAAUGACUCGACAUCAUCUGUAUCCAACAACUGGAAAAUUGGCCUUGACAUCCCGGUAGAUCCUUCAGUAACAGUUGGGGUUGGCUUUGGAGGUUCUCACUCAAGAGAUUCCACCUUUGCUAUGAAAAAGUCAAAACAAGACCGCUACACCUUCUUACACCAUUCGAUCAACUGUCAUUACUAUAGCUACAGACUGGCAACAAGUCCUCCUUUGAGUCAGGAAUUCAAGCCGGCAGUUGACUCCAUUCCCCCUUAUUCCUCUAAAACUGCGCCAUUAUAUCACAAUCUGAUUGACACUUAUGGAACACAUUACAUCACACAAGUGUCUCUUGGAGGUGAAAUUAAAGCAACCACUGCUGUCAGGACCUGCAUGGCUACAAUGAAUGGACUAACAGAUACUGAUGUUAGUGACUGUUUGUCAGUUGAAGCUUCAGCUACUUUUGCAAAUUCUGCCCGUAUUAAUGCCACAAUUGAACACUGUCAGAGAAAGAAAAAGAUGUUAGGGUCUAAUCAAAGUUUCAGCAGUUCAUUUAAUGAGCGGCACACAGAAGCCAUUGGUGGAGAUAUUGAUGGAGGUGAUAUCCUCUUUGUAGGUCAAUCUGACCCCUCGGUCUAUAAAAACUGGCUCAUUUCUCUUAAAAGUAUCCCUGAUGUGGUCCAAUACAACUUAAAACCCCUACACACCAUACUGCCAUUAAAUCAUCCUGCCAGGGCAGGACUGAAGCAACAAGUGGAGCAGUACAUUAAGAAAAAUGCAGUGCUGAAGAAAUGUUCAGAAACCUGUAAGAUUGGGCACCGAUCAAACGCAAGAGAUCCUUGUGCUUGUGGCUGCAACAGUAACCAGAACAUCAAGUCAAACUGCUGUCCUGCUGGGAAAGGUCUGGCAACCUUAAAGGUGUUCAAACUUUAUGCAAAGGGUCUGUAUGGUGACAAGUGGACUGAGACAGAUGGUUCAGUGGAGGUGACAUAUGGUGAUCAGAAAAAGCGCACUGAUAUUAUAAGUAAUGAUGACAACCCUAGAUGGAGAGAAACAUUUGAGUUUGGAACCAUCACCAUCAACAUGAAAAACAAACUUAAAUUUGCUGUGUAUGAUGAGGACACUUACUGGAACAGUGAUCUGUUAGGCGAGUGUUCAUUUGAUCUGCGAGCAGGGAAGGUGAGCGACAGCUGCAUGCUGAAUCAUGGGACCUUCUUCUUUUCCUACAUCGUAGAGUGUGCACCAAGUCUUAGUGGGAACCAGUGUCAGGAGUAUAUCCCCUCGGCCAUGAGUCCGUCUUUGGCUGAGGUUUUCCACACCAGAAAUGGGGUUCUUCUUGGAAAGAUUGGGAAUAAGUAUGAGGAGCCAGCCAAUGAGAGACUUUAA